AUGGAUUCUUGUUUUAUAUGUGGUUUCCUUUUCGUCGCCUUGACGUCUUGGGCAUUAGCAGACGAUGGACAGUUGACCUUUGUAUCAGAGCUCUCGUCCAAACCAGCUCAGAAGUUGUCAAAGUAUGGUUGGUAUGGCAACGUGAGGCUGCAGAGGUUUCAUAUACCAGAGGAAACUGCCAUUGCUCACUGGCUGUUUAUUGUCACCAAGGGCCACACCUUCCAAUGUGGACAGCACAAUGUCACCAUCCAUAUUCAACAUGGUGCCCCUCCAGUUAUAAAUCCAGUAGGGUCGGUGUUUUCCAAUGCAACGCUAUGGAGCCCCUGUCUGUCUCUGAUCCUACCGGUGACAUCACAAAGCUCCACAACCUUUAACCUCUCCAAUCCGGCUCCCGGUGAUUGGUACGUUGGUGCCCACUUGCCUGAAGAUGAUGGGCGCAUAGAGCAGAAGGGCUUUCCGUCUUGCUCAUACUUCUUCCAGCCUCAGCUAUCAGUCAGGAGAGCGGUGGACACACCUAUCUUACAGCAGGGCACAUUCCUCCAGCAGACCGCAGCUUCUGACAGACCUGCACGCCUUAAGUUGUAUGUUCCAGAGUUUGCCUCCUCUCUCUCCGUCUCUGUGGCUGACUGUUCAACAGGUGAGGGAGCAGACAGCGAAAACUGUUCACUGGUCCUCAGGCUCGGCUCCACCUCUCUGCUGCAGCGUCCAGUAACAGUGAACUGCUCAGGGAUUGGCUGCUUUGCAGCUCUUUACAACCCACCUUGGGAUACCUGGUUACGAGUUGUCGUGGAGAGUAGCCUCGACAACCGUACUGUGACCUUUAGUAUUGUCUCCAACUACACAGUGGGAUGUAAGCCAAAAAGUGUAGGCCUUAAAGUAGAUGAUGACAUCAACAAGCUCCGUGGCAACAGCAGCAAUACCACGUCAACAUCACCAGGCAACAACCCAGUAACUAUAGACGCAAUCAUCUUUGGCAAUGAAUCAGCGUCACUGUUAACACCAUUGUCGGCGUGUGUGUGGAGCAUCCCUGUUCUCUGCGAGGAGGUGGAUGUUCUGUCGCUCCGAUUCACUCCCGUCAGUGGACCCAAUGUCAGUGUUACAGAUACACAUCCCACACUGCUCACCUACCCCCUGCACCCACAAGCCACUGGUGGUACACUAAACCUACAGCUCACACUCAACACUACUAAUGUGACCCUGGCGAACAGCAGCAGUGUAGUGGCCUGUCUCUCUCCCUGGGCUCCAGUCCUCCAACUCAACCACUCUCAACCCUGUCGCACAGCUUUGUUUGCAGGGUAUGGUGUUCAUGUGAAUGCCAGUGUUCCUAAAGCUGUGGUCAGACUGCCUUUUCCCCAGUCAGCAACAUGGUACCUCACCCUGCAGCUUAUUUGCAACAGCAGUGACUGUGGUAAUACAUCCUUGGUGUCUGUGGUCCCAGAGGUGUUCAUCAGUGCCUGUGUAGAGGACUGUGGGACAUACGGUGAAUGUAGACUGCUGAGAUCCUACAGCUACCUGUACGCUGCCUGUGUCUGCAAGGCUGGCUGGACUGGUUGGGGCUGCACCGACGAUUCGACAGCUCAGUCGUACUGUCGCCAGUUGACGGCGACUCUGCUGCUCACGCUCAGUAACCUGUCCUUCCUGCCUGCCAUCGUGGUGGCCAUCAAACGCUGCUACAUCACUGAGGCCUCUGUUUACCUCUUCACAAUGUUCUUUUCCACGUUCUACCAUGCAUGUGACCAGCCGGGUGUAGCCGUAAUGUGUAUAAUGGACUACGAUACCUUACAAUACUGUGAUUUCCUGGGUUCAAUCUGUUCCAUCUGGGUCACCAUCCUGUGCAUGGCUCGCAUCAGCGACACAUUCAAAUACACUCUGUUUAUGCUCGGGGCUCUGCUGAUAGCCAUGUCAAUGCAGCUGGACCGCAAGGGCCUGUGGAACCUGCUGGGCCCCGUCCUCUGUGCCAUACUGUUCAUGAUCACUGCCUGGGUGUACCGAGGUGUGCGGCGCCGACAUUGUUACCCGCCCUCUUGGAAACGCUGGGUCCUCUUUCUAAUCCCGGGGGCAAUCUGUGCCCUGAUCGGGGUUUGUUUGUACAUUUUUGCAGAGACCGAGGUCAAUUACUAUUACACACACUCGCUGUGGCACAUCCUGGUGGCCAGCUGCGUGGUGUUCCUGCUGCCGCCGAAAGAGAAGAACAGGGAGGCCUUGGGCUGGAGUAGGGGCGUGACCUGGGACUGGAGCUGGAGACCCCGGGUUUGUGGGUACACACUCUGUCAGAGCGGCAAAGAUGAACUCUACACUGUCACAUAAUAGGACACAAGAUUUUCUGUAAAGAAGUGACAAGGCAGUGAUUGUGAAACAGCACUGCAAACAUUUAAUUGAGAUAUAAAGACACAAACAAACACAAGGUGAAUGCUCAUUUUGACAAAAUCUUACAAAAUCUUUAAGACUGACAUUUUAAAAUCAAAUGUAGACCUAUAUUCUCAUAGGUCUACUAUGUCCAUGUUCACAUUUUCAGAGGGUUGAAAACUCUUCUUUUAUUUGAAUAAA